GCCCCAUUGUUGUCGGCGAGCGGCGGCGGGGCGGGUCCGCGCGCCCCCAGCCCCAGCGCGCGCCCGGGAGCCGCCCCCGCCCCGCCCCGCCCGGGGCACCCGGCGGUUGUUCCGUUGCCAUGAGAACGGCGGUCGGGGAGCGGAGGGAAUACAAAGCGGAGAGGAGAGGAGAUGGCACGACCGGGGACGCGGUGACCCCGCCGGCAGCUCCGGGGCCGGUGCCGCGGAGCUGGUGGCGAAGAGCCCCCCCCCGCUUGCCGCCCGCCGGCUCUCCAUGCGAACCGCGGCCAAAUGGAUGCGAUCGCGAGCGCCGGCCUCAAGAGGAAGUUUGAGGAUGCGGACGUGGGCUCGCCGGGCUCCAACUCGGACGACGAGAUCUCCAACAGCGACAGCGCCGAUAGCUGCGACAGCGUCAACCCCUCCAGCUCCACCGGCUUCAUACCCACCUCCAUCCUGAAGCGGCAGAAGCAGCUUCGCAGGAAGAAUGUCCGCUUCGACCAAGUGACCGUCUACUACUUCGCCCGCCGCCAGGGCUUCACCAGCGUCCCCAGCCAGGGCGGCAGCUCCCUGGGCAUGGCCCAACGCCACAACUCCGUCCGCCGCUACACGCUCUGCGAGUUCGCCCAGGAGCAGGAGGUGAAUCACCGGGAGAUCCUCCGGGAGCACCUCAAGGAAGAGAAACUCCACGCCAAGAAAAUGAAGCUCACCAAGAACGGCACGGUGGAGUCGGAGGAGGCGGAGGGCCUGACGCUGGAGGAUGUAUCGGAUGAUGACAUCGACGUGGAGAACGUGGAGGUGGACGACUACUUCUUCCUGCAGCCGCUGCCCACCAAACGCCGCCGGGCUCUGCUGCGAGCCUCCGGCGUUCACCGCAUCGACGCCGAGGAGAAGCAGGAGCUGCGGGCCAUCCGCCUGUCCCGGGAGGAGUGCGGCUGCGACUGCCGCCUCUACUGCGACCCGGAGGCCUGUGCCUGCAGCCAGGCGGGGAUUAAAUGCCAGGUGGAUCGCAUGUCCUUCCCCUGCGGCUGCUCCCGCGACGGUUGCGGUAACAUGGCCGGUCGGAUCGAAUUCAACCCCAUCCGGGUGCGGACUCACUACCUCCACACCAUCAUGAAGCUGGAGCUGGAGAACAAGCGCCAGGGCGGGCGGCCAUCGGCGCCGGAGGAGGAGGCAGCCGCCGCUCACGGCGCCGCCGGCGACUGGCUGGGGCCGCAGCCGCCCGAAACGCAGGACUUCCAGGAGUUCAUGGCGGAGAACGAGACGGCCGUCAUGCACCUGCAAACGGCGGAGGAGUUGGAGAGGCUGAAGGCUGAGGAAGACUCCAGCAGUGGCUCCGGCGUGGAGAGCUUGGGCGUUUGUAUCCUGGAGGAGCCCCUGGCCGUGCCGGAGGGUUUGUGCCCGGGUCUGGCCGCCCCCAUCCUCAUCCAAGCCCAGUUACCUCCGGGCUCGUCCGUCCUCUGCUUCGCCGACGGCUCGGAGCAGGCGGCCUCGGCGGCGGGCGACCAGCCCUACUUGAACGAUGGGUCCGUGGUCUACUACCAGGUGGAGCAGAGGCCGGUGCUGGGCGCCAAGGGCGAGAGCGGCCCGGCGGAGCCGCCGGCACCGUCCUGCCCGGGCGAGAAGGACCUCGGCGUCCUCCCCGUCCCCGUGGUGACUUGCGGCCGAGCCGCCGCUGCUCCGAGCAAGGGGGAAGCAUCCAAACCGCCCCCCUCGUCCCCGGAGGCCGCGCCGUCCUCCGAGGGCUGCCGAGCGGCGGCCGCUCCCCGCCGCCCGCGCUCCCCGUCCCCCGGGCCACCGGAGCAAGCCCCGGAGCGGGCGCACGAGCCGCCCUCCGCCGAGGAGCGCUCGCUGGGGCCCGUCCUGCCCGUGUGAGCAGCCCCGUCCCCCCCCUCGGCGCUCGUUUAUUUAUUGACAAUAAUAUUUUAUGGACCGGCAGCGGCCACUGGUGGUUAUUUAAUUGGGGGGGUGGGGGGGGAGAGUGCAGGGGCUGCUUUGUACAGAGGGUUUUAAACGGCGUCCCCUCGCCCGCUGCCAGGAGCCUUUCGCUUGUCCCGGCAGAGACAGGUUUCGCGGCUCGGCCGAUGCCGGCGGCCGCUCGGUUGCCAUCCGCGGGCCAGGACGCGCCGGACCUGGAGCCUCCUGCUUCCCAUGGCAGCUCCUUGCCGCCCUCCUCCCCCCGAGCUGCCCCACCGCAGCCCCUGCCCUCCCGGCUGCCGGGAGCUCUCCCCGCUUGUUUUUUCCCCAUUUUUUCCCUUCUUUUUUUUCCCCCUUUCUGAACGUUUCCUGGGUCGUGUCACAACCCAGCGCCUCCCAGUGCUGCUCCAGCCCCUUCCCUUGGGCCACCGGCCGCCGCGAGGGGCCAGGACGAGUCGGGAAGGGCCCGGAGCCAGUGGGGAGGCUCUAAUUGCACAAGAAGGGACCAAGACCACGGCCCACAAACUCUCUUGGAAAGUUCAGGGAGGGUUUUAACCACCUGGAUUUGAAGAGUUUGGUCCCCUCGCGGCUGCGGCACGGCUGUGAUGGCGAACCGUGUCUGUCCGUCUGUCCCCGUGCUCGGUGCUGGCCUCGAGGAACGGUCAAGGCAACCGGCUGCUGCGUCCCCCAGCCGGGCAGUAAAAGCACUUUCCCCGUCUCAGCCACCCCCAAGCACCGGGACGGGGCCCCCCUUUUGCCUCCCGACGAAACCGGCCCUGCUGAGGGUCUCCGCGCUGCGUCUCGAGGGGGAGGCGCAGGGGGGGGGCCCCUCUCCCCGCUCCCCUUCCCUCUCCCCAGCGGCUUUAACCUCUGCCCUCGCUCCGGCCUUAUCCCGGCCGAGGGGCAGCGUCUCCCCGCCGUCCCCCGCCAUUUACCGACUCUGGCUGAGCAAAUCCAGACUUUUUUUAAGGGGAGACUCAGGUGGGGAGUGAAGAGCCCCCACCCCCGAUGCCCACGCGCUGCCGCUGCGGGACGGUUCAAUCCAACACAGCCCCGCGGCUGCUGCUCCUUGGGAAACAACCCCGGAGCUCGCGGGGGACACGGCUCCCAAGGGAAACGUCCCGCUGGAGAGCAGGGGUAUCGGGGGAGGGGGAAAACUGGGGUCUGACACAGUCCUUUAAUUGUUUUGGGGGGAGGUUGGUUGCGGUUUAAGGCUCUCUUGUGCUCCCGGCGGUCGCCGGGAGGUGCCGAAAGGUGGUUAAAGGGGUUUAAAACCCCUCUGCUGCUCUUGCCGCCUCGGCGAGCGGGUCCAACCGAGCCUUAAGCCUGGCGAAGCGGCUCUUCCCCACCCUCCCCUCUCCCCGUGCCGGGAGCGACCCCCGGGGACGCCGUCCCCUUCUCCCGGGGCAGAGGCCGCUCGGAGCGCGUUACCCGCCCGUCCCUGCCCUCGGCCGGCUCACAAGGGCUAAAUUCGGGAGGAGCAAAGCCUUACCCCGCGUUGGGCGCUUCGCCGGCGGCGCCCCCCGUGCUGGUGCCGGUUUGCCCGUGGCGGGGGGGAGGAAGGUUUAUUUUUCCAGCUCCCGCACGAAACGGGGCAACUCCGCGCUAUAAAAACGGAGCAAAUGGUGACACUUGAAUGGGUUAAAGUCUUUAUUUUUCUCCUUUUUCUGUUGUUUUCAACGGACUCUGCGCUCCCUCCCCAGCUCCGUGUCCCGGCCGCCAGGACCCGCUCGGCUCCUUGGGCGAGCCCGGCGGCGCCGCUAACCCACAGAAUGAAUCCUAAGACGCCGGUUAGGAUGGGUGCUUUCACACUAGGCAAAGAACUAAUAGGAUUUAUUCUAUUUUUACAAAGAUAACUAUGCUGUUAAUAGUGCAAUGGACGCGCGUUUCUGCCUUUUACUAUUAUUUCGUUUGUCGGUUUGGUUCACACGCGCUCACUGACACCGACGCUGGGUCCGCGCUGGCUCCUGCUCCACUCGUCGCCGUGUAAGAACCCAACCCCCGUCUCCCCUGGUGCUGCCGCGGGAGCCGCGUGGCUGCCGCCCCGCCGAAAGCCAGGCGCCCCCGGCUCCUCGGCCUAGCUCAGCAGUGACUCUACGCCUCCUAAAGCUCCCCGUCUCACACACUGUCUGCAGGUGGCUUGUUGGGUUUCAAUUUUUUUUUUUCCCAGUGUGAAUCCAAAGCUUGUCCUCCGCAGAUUUUAUUAUUUUUUUUUUUAAAUUCCGGCCUUUUCCGUUCUUUUCAUGGUGAUAAUGCUGUAUUUAAAGAGACUAUUUAAGUGUAAAAAUAAAAGAAAUGCUCAAACUUG